AUGUGCCGCUUGUUCAUGGCGGCGACUAUCCCUCGGUUUUUCACGUUCGCUUCUAGCUGGUCCAGCGCAGGAAGCAUCGACGCAUGCAGUUGUUCGAUGCAGACUUGGCUCCACCAUCCCAGGACACCCACUGCUACCGCCACCAUCAGCACCACCACGCGCAUGUCGACAUAUUGCCGCUUCAAAGUGCCUUGGAAGGUGUCGCUUGAUGGCAAUAACUGUCUUGCAACAGAUGGGCGUUCCAUAUGUGACACCGUUUUGGUGGGCGGCGGAGAGAAUGAUGUGGACCAGUCCGUCUCGAACGAGUACAUCGCAAGUGGAGAACUUGUUGGUGACGACAUGGGUGACGACAUUGGCGUGGCAGGACGAGAUUCCGGCGUCAACGAGUACGGACGAAACAGAAAUACUGGAUGGGACGGACUGAAGCGGCUGUGA